UUCGUCUCUAGUUCAACAAUUUCUAUGUGGGUUUUUGUUUUUCUUUUCUUGCAGUCACCAUGUUCUAGACGAGGCUGAAAUAUCACUCCAUGAUGCACUAUGUCUACUCUCCCAAACUCUAAAUGACACUAGAGUGUUGCUUGGAGGUGGAUGGCCAGAGAUGGUGAUGACAAAGGAAGUGGAUGAGCUUGCAAGGAACACCGCUCUGGCGAAAAAUCGCAUGCCGUUGAAGCUUUCUCACGGGCUCUAGUGGCUAUUCCAACAAAAAUCGCUGACAAGGCUGGUUUAAACAGCGCCGAAUUGGUAGAUCAGCUUCGUGCAGAGCACCACAAUGAUGGAUGCAAUGCUGGAAUCGAUGUUAUAUCUGGAUCUGUAGGUAGGAGAUAUGGAAGAGAGCGGAAUCUAUGAAGCAUUCAAAGUGAAGCAAGCGGUUAAUAUUUACCAGGCAAAACAAUUGUUACUAAGAAAAUAAAAAGUACAAUUAUUGUUUUUAUAUCACAAAAUUCUGAUACGUGACGAGACGAAUCGCCGACGCAGCCCGUAACAGAGUAAAAAAAAUGGCGACGGGAUGCGACUUCCCGAAUAUUCAAACCUUCGAGAGUGCUCUUUCCGCCGCCGAAUUCGAGUCCGCCGUCGAGCUCACCAACUUUCCAGCCGUUUUCAGAAGAUGUGUUAGUAACUGGGAUGCCUGUUCUAAGUGGAAUCCUUUCAACAAUGGCCUCGAUUAUCUUGAGGAACGUGCAGGUUCUGUUGAAGUGGAGGCUAUGCUUUCGAGGACUGCUCCUAUUUUCAAUGGUGAUAUCAGAAGCCAUGAGAGGGUAUCAUUGCCGUUCUCGGAGUUUAUCAGAUUCUGCAAGCAGCAUAUGAUAAGCAAAGAGAAUGGUUCCUGUGUUAAUACUAUGUCUCCAGAUUUUACUCCUUUAGCUGAGAACCAUAUACCUGGACAAAUAUACCUAGCACAGUUUCCAAUUCUGAAUGAUGAGAAAGAAGAGAAGGUUCAACUCAAGAUUCUGAGACAAGACUUCCAGACGCCCUCACCUUUAGUGGGAAAGUCACUGUCUUCUAUCAAUAUCUGGAUGAAUUCUUCACAAGCUCGAUCAACUACCCACUAUGAUCCACAUCAUAACCUUUUAUGCAUAGUCUCAGGGCGUAAAAAAGUUGUUUUGUGGCCUCCUUCCGCCAGUCCCUCACUCUAUCCGAUGCCUAUAUAUGGAGAAGCGUCAAACCAUAGUUCGGUUGGUCUAGAUAAUCCAAAUUUAUCUGAUUAUCCAAGAGCAGAGCAUUCCCUGAAGCAGUCACAGGAGGUUACUCUCGACGCUGGUGAUGCAGUAUUCAUUCCUGAAGGCUGGUUCCAUCAGGUAGAUAGUGAUGACCUGACUAUUGCUGUCAACUUUUGGUGGCAAUCAAACAUUAUGUCUAAUAUGCCUGAACAUAUGGAUUCAUAUUAUCUGCGCCGAAUCACAAGAAGAUUGAUAGACAGAGAAAUGAGCCUGUUAGUUUCGAAGCCUUCAUCAACUGAUGUGAAGCAACUGUCUAAGCAUAUUGACCAUUCUCACGUUGGGAUGGCAGAAGGUGGGAAUGGUAACUCAGAAAAUGAAAGCGCUAAGAAAGGCCUCAGCACAUUGUGUGAAAGAACGUCAUUGGAUGAUCUGGAUCCUUCUGCUUGCCUUGCACUUCAUGAGCUUAUUUCCUUAGUCCAUGACCAUGUUAAUGCUGUUGAUACAAGUAAAGGACGGCAGUAUACUUCACCUAGUUGUUCAGACCCAGUUACAGAGGGCAGAAAAAGCAAGAUCCUGGCGAAUGCGUUGCCUUGUUUAGAAGAUGAUCGCAUUGCCCAUAUGCUCUGGGAUCUGGAAGCAUUUAGACUUCGAGAUGUACUCCUUGCAAUGGCACGUUAUUUCCCAAGAACCUUAGAAGCGUUAAUACUUCACAUGCUCUCACCCAUUGCUGCGGAAGUUCUAACACAGAAGUUUGAUGAGAUUGACCAACACACUGGUGAAGAAGACAGGAACCAUUUCUUUCGAGAAUUUUAUGGUGCCUUCGAUGAUGAAGCAGCUGCAAUGGAUAUUAUUUUAAGUAGGAAAGAGGCUUUUGCAUUUCAGGCCUUUAAGAAUGUACUAGACAAGUUUUUGGCGGUCAACAUUGCUUCACCAACAUGGAACAUCUGAAUGGGAACUGUGUGAUAUGACAAGAAAGGAUGUUGCUGUUGAUAUGGAAAAGUUCGUGUCAUAUUAGUUGGGAAGCUGAUAAAAAUGUUGCUUGUUGACCUACACGAGUGUGGCAGCUCUAGUCCCGCGUUCUCAGCCGAUUCAAGUAUGCACAACAAUCUCCGUUUCCCUUCUAUCUCGUGCCCCUCACCUUCAGGACUGAUCAGCUUCACUCUACGAGAUGCUUUUGCCAGCACCUUCACAUACUAAUUGCCUUUCGACAAAAACGAUAAGCCAUAAGUUUUGUUGAGCCUGGUCGUAAGCUGAGCAGAGCAGAUGAUGGUAGUACUAAACGGAUUUUUAUGAUGCAAGAGAGUACAUUACUUGAUCUAUCAAUUAUGCUUUGGCUUUGGUUGAAAUUUGAAGUACAUUACUUGAUCUAUCAAUCGAAACCCUAGUUUUUGCAUGA